AUGUGUGUGUGUGUGUGUGUGUGUGUGUUAUAACACGCUAUAAGAGGUAAUUAGGCAGUGCGCUGGGGUUAAUGAGAGAGCGCGUGCUGCACCAGGCUGUAAAUAGCAGUGAGGCGACACCAGCGCGCGCGGACGAGUCUCUGACUUUGAUCUGUUUAUUUUCUUAUCCGCCCUGCAGAUGGUCCGGAUUCCUGAAAAGUCUCCGUUGGAGAAACGGGAGGAGGAGGAGGAGGCGGGGCGGUGUGUGUGGCUGCCCGUGUGCGCUCCAGCCCUCCCCGUGUUCCCCGGUGCGCUCUGCGCCUGAGACACCCGAGCUCCAGGUCCAGGCUGGUCCAGGCGUCAGAGAGAAUUAUUAUUAUUAUUAUUAUUAUUAUUAUUAUUAUUAUUAUCUUCGAUUUAGCCAUCUAUUGCUCUCCCCCCUCCCCCCCCCAGUGCAGGGCAGUUGAGGCACACUCUGGGGCACAAUGCUGCUGCUGCUGUUUGUUGUCCUCACACUGAGCUUUUCAUGUGCGGAAAGUUUUCCCUCCUAUAGAUACGACGAUCUGGAUGACGACCUGACCGCCUUUGACUAUUACCGCGCGGCGGAGGAGCUGGAGAUGAGGAACGCGAGCGUGUGCGAGCAGUGCGUCCCGGAGCUGUGCCCGCCCGCGCGCGGCUGCAGCGCGGGGAUCGUGCGCGACUCGUGCAGCUGCUGCUUCGAAUGCGGGAACCUGGAGGGCCAGCCGUGCGACCCCGGGGACCGGAACGUCUACUACGGGCUCUGCGGAGAGGGACUCGAGUGUAAGAGCGACACAGGAGAGACGCAGGAGCCGGUGUGCGCGUGCGCGGCGCAGGAACCUCUGUGCGGCUCCGACGGUCAGACCUACAUGAACCUGUGCAAAUACAAGGAAGCAGCCUUCUCCAACCCGGGACUCGCCUCGAGCCACGGGCCGUGCAAGACCGUUCCUAUCAUCAAAGUCCCUCCACGUAACAUGGUGAACGUGACCGGAAGCAGUGCAGUGUUUUUGUGCGAAGUCUUUGCCUUCCCUAUGGCGUUGGUGGAAUGGAGGAAAGAAGGAAAGGAGGAUAUUUUGCCUGGUGAUGAUCCUCAUAUCUCCGUGCAGUCCAGAGGAGGUCCUCAGAAAUACGAGCUCUCUAGCUGGCUGCAGAUUGAGGACGCGACUCGGGUGGAUUCGGGUACCUACAGAUGCAUCGCCAAGAAUAGCCUGGGCAAUGUCUCAUCCACUGUAGUGCUGGGGAUAUUACCACCAGAUGAGAUGUCUGCUUAUUUAGAAGAAAGCAUGAAAGAGUCGAUGGGAUACGAUCCGAUUAGAGACUAUGAUGGAAACUACUAUUGAACCACUUGAGAGCUAAAAUGUUUUUUCAACUAAAGACUUGAAAAGCUCUACUGAAAACCAAAACCACCUCCUGUGUCCACACAAGGCUUGACAUCUGGACUCACAUUAGGAGCACAGAGAGAACAUGACGCAGCUUAUUGACAUAAAAGAAAAAUACACAUCGGAUCUAAACAAAAAAAAGCACCUGAUAAUGAUAGAGCAUCCCAGAUAGUUUUAAUCAGAAUAUAAGGGAUGAUAUUUCUUUUGUUUAAUCUGCUGCUCUUUACAUUUCCUCCUGUGAUUUAAGCUAUAAAACAUAACUUCUCCGGGGAAAAGGAACAUAGAGCACAUUCCAGACACUCUGUAACUCUUUAUUGAGUCUCCAGUUUCAUGUGUCUUUUGAAUACCAAAUCAUAACAUAUCCCUUCCUUGGGUUUAUAUAUUUUUCCAUAUGUGGCAUCCCUCCGUUUGUGUGCACGAUGGCUAAAUUCAUUCCUGGAGGGAGAAGAGUUGUCUGCAGCUGGUUUUAUUUAAGAGCUGCUGUCUCAAAGCCUGAGAAUAGACAUCAUAUUUUGCAUAAAAAAGAAUCAUCUUGUUUGAUAAAAAUGAGCUACAAGGCUAAAUACAGGUUAACUUUGAUAUGGUAAUAUUUCCCUUUCUUCAGCUGAGUGGUCAGAUGACUACUUUUAAAUUAUAAGGCUGUGGAAAGGGAGAUUUUUUUUUUCUCCUUGAUUCAAAUUAGAUAUGGGCCCUAUUUAUUAUGUUUAUGUUAUUGCAUACCUUGCUUAGUUUUUAAUGUACUGUAUGAAGUUAUAUUUAUAUAAAGAGGCCAUUUUGACAUACAGGAGAUUUUCUGCUCAGGUUCAGUUCAAUACAUGACAGUACAGUAUAUAUUUAGUAGGACAGAAUUCUUAUUUACUUAUAUUUUAAUGCCUGUACCAUUUUACAAUAAAACAAAGUCAA